AGAACGAAGGCAUCUCGGACUCUUCAUCUGCAACCUCAUUGAAGAGUUCCCAUGCAAUUUCCUUCGAAAUCCUCUCGGUGGAUUUGGAUGUUGUUUUAUAAAGAUCUAAUGUAGAUAUCUGUUCAACGGGGAAUCCUUUAGCAAGCUUUUUGAUAGGCUUGCAUACCAUCGAAGAGCUGGUCAAAGACCCUCAACGAGAUUACCAGACAAGGAGCUCUGGAGUGUAGGAGUUGUCUGGAUUGUUUGCAGUGGCGACAUUGGUGCAACCAGACGGUAUGGCUUUGCCGAAUCUCUUGAGCGGGCAGAUGGUUGAUUCCGCCCACCCAUUGGACCUCAUCUGCGAACGAUCUACUUCCGAUUCGAGCAACUCUAUCGCAGCUGAAGCCCAGGACCGAGCUUACUUCUACUUUUCUGGCCUUGCUGUGACGGAUGUAGGGCACUAUCGACUGCGAGUAACCCUCAUGCAGAUGGAUUAUGUCUCUUGCCCUAAGAGUGCGCCCGAUGGGGAGACGAUUGAAGACUAGCAUAUUGAAAGCAAUCGGUUCGAAGCAAUAGGCGCACCAGUAGUUGCCUCGAGACCAACCGCAGAAGAGCGUCAUUACUUGACACGACUGAAGAACGACGGCAAAACUGUGUAAUGUGACUGGAGUGAAGCUGGACGAUGGGAGAUGCGGAGAUGAUUUCGGCAUUUCCCACCUAGUAUCUCCAACAUGCCCAGCACAUAUGAGUUCUUCUUGGUCGAGAUAUUACUACUAAGUUAGUUUUUGAUUGACACUCUCGACCAAGAAGAACAUGCCACGAAACCGUAGACUAGCGCUCCAAGUAGCGAAUCGAGCAUACAUCGAACUGUACCGGCGACUUCGAAAUGGAAAG